AUGGUAUUACCUUUAUCCAAAGUUGUCGUAGCAGUAUUUGAACAAAAUAACACUAAUGUACCAAGUUUAUCUCCAUUAUACAAGUCAGAGUCAACUCAAAGUUUGCGCAAUGAGGGUAAAAUUAAUGACAAUGGUAGUACUAAUAGUAUGGUUAAUAUUGACAUUAAAGAACGACAAAAAACACGAGCAGAAGAAAAUAGAAGUCUACCAAAAUUACUAAAAAACUCAUUUUCUCGUAGUCAUCAUUCAUUGAAAAAGUCUUCAUCGAUACCAACGCUAAAACCAGAAAAUGAUGUUGAUGCACAAUAUAAACGAUCUCAAGAAUUACACCAUCGUUUACCAGAAUUAUCAGAGAAAAAUCUAAAAUUACACGGUAAACAACCAUCGACACAAACUUCCAAUUUAGUUCCAACGAAGAUAGUAACCACUGAUGAUCAAAGUAUAAAAUCAAGUUUAUCCCUCAAUCAUUUAUCAUCUCAUCAGCGAACAUUAUCAUCCCCAAUCUCAUCAGAGACCAAUUUUCGAACGCCUGUCAUUUUUAUUGCUCCAAAACCCAAACCAAAAGUAAUUUUAUCGUCAGACGAACUACAAUUUGAGAAAAAAGCCGUUACAUUACAACGUCACAAUGCAUUUAAGGAACAUAGCCGCCGUCCUCAUCUACGACUACAACCUCGAUAUUGUUUACAAUCAUCAACUAGUUCAUUAGAACAUAUAGAAACAGACUCAAGUUCAGAAGACGAAAAAUUAUCGAAUAUAAAAACGUCCAAUAAGAAACAAGCCAUUAUGAUUUUUCCAAAAACAGAAACAUACAUUAGUAUUCCCACCAACAUUAUUAUUACAGACGUGCAUGGUCGAUCAAGAACAUUUAGUGAACAACUAGAGAAAGAGGAAGAAGAUGAAAUAAUAGAAGAAGAUAAUAGUUCAUUUAUACCAAUCAUUUCGCAAAAAACCGAUGAUACUUUAGGCAAUGUUCAUGAUCUAUCUUCAUUAGGACCGGACGAUACGUUUGAUAGUCACGUUGAGGAACCUGUGUUUGUUAGAUCAUUAUCAAAACAAUCGGAUAUGGAAAAACAUUCACUUGGAGAAAUACUUGAGGAAGAAGAAGAACAUGAAAUCAAUUUUAAAAAUAAUAAAGAUAGUCGACUCGAUCGUAUUCUAAACAAAGAACUUCAUCGUAUUGAAGCGUUUUCGAGAUCACGUUCAAAUAUUUCAUCUGAAGAUGAAGACGAAAAAAGUAAUAGUAAAAAUGAUAAAACAACAACAGUAAUGAACAAUGAUGGCAGUGAUGUUGUAAAAAACGAAUUAGUUGAAGAUAGACAAUCAUUCAGUCGUCGUAAUAGUGUAGACAAAGAAAAGAUAUCGAAAAAAGUUCAAGCUAAAGAAUCGACUUCAUCGUCGUCACGUUCAAUAAGACGACAUUGGAGUGAUAGUUUUAUUGCUAAAAUACAAACUUUUAAAUUACACACGGAAUCUCUCGCCCAAAAACGAAAGAAUAAGCUACGUAAUGAUGAUGCUAUAGAGACUAAUGAUAAUAAUACUAACGACGCUGUUGCUAGCAGUCAAGGGCGUAGUGGUCCACGUGUUAAUGACAAUAAAAAAUAA